AUGAGAGACGACGUGAGCGCGCCUCCUCCUCUCCGGUGUUUAGAGACGAGCGCCCUUCACUCCUCCUCUGACCAGCGGCAAGACUCCACUGAAGGAGCAGCGUCAGGAGGAGGCGUGAGGACACCGAAGACUCCGCGUCAUCAGCCCCCACCGCUCCAACAAUCCCCCCUCCCCCCGGCUCCUGACCAACGGGGAGCCGCGGUCACGAGCUUCUGGCCAAUGGGGAGCAACGGGAACGAGAACCCAGACCAAUGA